GGGCAGCAUCUCCCGUCUGCCGUCUCGCGCGGCUUGGGUUGCGUUAGACCAGGCUUACCGUACUUGUUCUCUCUGUCUCACCCUCUGUCACAUAUGCAGCGGCGCCAAGUCACUCUGGUGAGUCCAACCCCCUGCCCCCUCCCCCUCCCCCCUUGGAUCCAAAUAUCCCAAAUAUCCAAAUUACCGGUACAAAGGUGAAUCUGCAGAGCGGUCCCUCUCAAGGUCCCAAAUAUCCAAAUGAACAACCUUCUUACCCAUGUGCCGGGUGAGAUCCGCCGUCGCCACGCCAAACGCUGCCCGCGACUACUUGUUCGCCAAACGAAAGAGCCAACGGCAAAAACCACGCGUCCUCGUCCUGAAACCCAACGAUUCUCUGCUUCGGCCGGAGGAUCCGAAUCUAGUCGCCGGACUCAUGGCUCCUCGACACCCUUAUCCCCUCCCUUCUUACCCACAACCCUUGAGAGCCUCUCGCGAAACACCCAGCUUUCCGAGCAAAUUAGCCAAGAAAUCACGAGUGAGUUGCAUUCGCCUGGUAGAGUCCUCGGGACGUACGUCCUGUCACCGACCAGGUCUGGAAAGGAAAAAGGAAGGGAAAAAAAAAAAAAAAAAAAAGGCCGCAAGGGGAAGCCUUCGGCGCAAGAACAACAAAAAAAGUUUCGUCUGAUUCGAGCCCACCACCACGCCGGAAAGAAAAACGAACAGCAACAUUGGCUAUACUGUAGUGUCACCUGCCAGCCUAGACGAAACAUGAGUUGUUACAAGAAACACUCCGCCGCCGCUGCUACCGCCGACGACGACAAUGACGACGACGACGAAGACCACGCAGACGCCGGGCAUGAGGCCGAGGGUCCGGAUCGUGCCGAAGGGGGCCAUGCAGGCCGGUCCCAAGCCCGCCGCACCUGGUCGUCGUCUCCGCAAUCAAACAAACCAUGGGCGGUGGGGAUCCUCAUUUUGUUUGCCAUGUCCACGUUGUGUCUAUAGAGUUUGUGCCAGCAGAAUAGCGUCACAUCGGAGACCACCUUUGGCCCGCCAGGUUUUGCCAUUAAGCUUUCCCUUGAAACGUUCAUGAGUAGUUUGUUUACUUGGCCCGCUGCCCAGGGCUCCGCCUAGCAUAUAUCUCUUUGUCGACCAAUUUGUCGAUUCGGCGUCCAUGUCUGUCCGCCCAUCCAGCCUUUUCCCCCCUGUUGGGCAGCAAAAGAGAAAACAUUUGCAAUAAAUAGCAUCAUCCCCCGGUUGCAAGUCUUCGGACCGGCGGUUUCUCCCCAAGACCUGCCCACCCCCCUCCGUCUUUAUACCGUUUGCAUCUUGGCGUCGGCAGAGCUGCGAUAGUUUCAGAUCAUGGGGGCCAAACCAGCAAGACAUCACCGGCCUUGCUCCGGGCUC